CUUUCUUUCUAAAGUUGUAGCAGGGAAACGUUUUCUUCGGUUCUUAAAACGCCAAUGGAAGGAUCAGCUUCACAUGGUCUAGGACAAUGGGUUGAAAAAGUGGUGGAGAGGACGAAGAAGAUAGGAAGAGAUGAUCCCAGAAGAAUUAUUCAUGCCUUUAAAGUUGGUUUAGCUCUCACUCUCGUCUCCCUCUUUUACUACUUUAAGCCGCUCUAUGAUGGAUUUGGUGUUAACGCAAUGUGGGCUGUCUUGACCGUUGUCGUCGUCUUCGAAUUCUCUGUUGGAGCAACAUUGGGGAAAGGGUUUAACAGAAUGAUGGCAACACUUUUAGCCGGCGGUUUGGGUGCUGGAGCUCAUCGUUUAGCGACACUUACAGGAAGAUCAGGAGAACCUGUAUUAAUUGCAAUCUUCGUCUUCAUUAUAGCUGCAAUAGUGACAUUCGCAAGAUUUUAUCCAGCAAUGAAGGCGAGAUACGAUUACGGGCUGCUGAUUUUUAUAUUGACGUUCAGCUUGGUGAGUGUAUCAGGUUACCGUGAUUCUCAGGUGCUGAAAAUGGCGAAGGAGAGGUUGAUGACAAUAAUGGUGGGUAGCUGUACAACUAUCCUUGUCUGUGUGUGUAUUUGCCCCGUCUGGAUCGGCCAGGAUCUUCACAAUUUGAUCGCUGACAACAUGGAAAAACUCGGAAACUUCUUAGAAGGAUUCGGAGGAGAAUACUUCCAAGAAUCAGAAAAUGACGAAUCAAACAACGAUAAGUCAUUUCUUCAAGACUACAGAAGUAUUCUUACUUGUAAAAACAGUGAAGAAACAAUGGCUAACUUAGCAAAAUGGGAACCUUGCCAUGGUCGGUUCAGGUUUCGUCAUCCCUGGAAACAGUACCUUAAAAUUGGGUCUUUAAGUCGUGAAUGUGCAUACAAAAUUGAAGCACUUAACUGCUAUCUUAACUCUAACACUACAGUCCAGACAUCUAACAUAGAAAUGAAGAGAAGAGUUCAAGAAUCAUGCACAAAGAUCGGCAAAGGAACUGGGAAAGCCUUGAAGGAAUUAGGCUCGACGACAAGAAAGAUGAGACGAUCAAGAUCAGCCGAUCUGUAUAUUAUAAGCUCGAAAACGGCAGGGGAAGAAUUGAAGGUUCAACUGAGAAUGACAAAACUGGAAAAUGCUGAUAUAUUAGAGAUGGUAACAGUGGCUGCAGUUGCUUCACUUCUCUUUGAUGUUGUAGAAUGUACCCAGAAAGUUGCAGAAGCUGUCUACGAUUUAGCCGACUUGGCUGGGUUCAAGAACACGGAUGCUGCAGUGUCUCCAGAAUCAAAUUUGGUGCAGGUGCAGCCAGGAUCACAACAUGUUAUAACAAUCUCAGAAUGA